GCAGUCUGAAGGUUCCGGACGACGACACGCACGAGAAACACGUGUCGUGGGCGGUCCUCGGUGGACCUGCUGCACGUGGCUUUGGCGAGGACUUGGUGAGUGUGUUGCAGCAUCUGCAGGAGACAACGACAGGAUGGCUGUGGAGAUGGAGCCCUCGGACGUCAUUCGCCUGAUCAUGCAAUACCUGAAGGAGAACAACCUCUACAGAACCUUGAGCACCUUACAGGAGGAAACCACAGUGUCGCUCAACACAGUGGACAGCAUCGACAGCUUCAUCGCAGACGUCCAAAGGGGCCACUGGGACUCGGUCUUGCUGGCAAUCGAAUCGCUCAAAUUGCCAGACAACACGCUAAUUGACCUUUAUGAGCAGGUCGUCGUAGAGCUUAUUGAAAUGAGGGAAGUGGGAGCAGCGCGUUCCCUCCUCAGGCAAACCGACCCCAUGAUCAUGCUGAAGCAGACCCAGCCUGAGAGGUACCUCCACCUGGAGCACCUUCUCACGCUCUCCUACUUUGACCCACGUGAGGCGUACCCUAAAGGCAGCAGCAAGGAGAAGCGACGCAGGGCCAUUGCCGAGGCGCUGGUGAGGGAGGUGAGCGUGGUGCCACCAUCACGCCUCAUGGGCCUCCUGGAGCAAGUCAGUUCUUUGAGACUAGAGCAGUCUUCAGAUACUCUGUCCCCUGAAAUGACCUUUGACACGCUCACAAACAAGGAUAGGUACACGGACAAAGAGGCUUGUCCAACCCAGCUGUACCGCCACAUCAAGUUUGGGCGACGGUCCCACGUGGAAUGUGCCCGUUUCUCCCCUGAUGGCAAAUACUUGAUUUCGGGCUCGGUGGACGGUUUCAUUGAAGUGUGGAACUUCUACACUGGCAACAUCAGCAAGGAUUUAAAGUACCAGGCCCAAGAUAGCUUCAUGAUGAUGGAUGAUGCUGUGUUGUGCAUGUGCUUCAGUCAAGAUUCUGAUCUACUGGCCACUGGAGCUCAAAAUGGAAAAAUAAAGGUGUGGAAGAUCCAGAGUGGCUUGUGCCUGCGCAGGUUUGAGGAUGCUCACAACAAAGGAGUGACAUGCCUGAGUUUCUCUAAGGACAGCAACCACAUCAUCAGUGCGUCUUUUGACCACACCAUCAGGAUCCAUGAGCUGCGUUCAGGACACACACAGAAGGAGUUAAAUGGCCAUCUGUCAUUUGUGAACGAUGCUUCUUUCACGCAAGAUGGCUUUCACAUCAUCAGCGCAUCUUCUGAUGGCACUGUUAAGAUUUGGAACAGCGAGACGUGUGAGUGCAUCCACACGUUCAAAUCUCUGGUGCGAACUCCCUGCGAGGUUCCUGUGAACAAUGUGACUCCUCUUCCCCAAAAUCCAGAGCAUUUUGUGGUUUGUAACCACUCCAACACGGUGGUGGUCAUGAAUAUGCAUGGUCAGACUGUCAAGACAUUCAGUGCAGACAGGAAGUUAGGAGCAAAGUUUGUGUGCAGCACCGUGUCUCCCCGAGGUGAGUGGAUUUACUGCGUGGGAGAGGACUUGGUGCUCUACUGCUUCAACUAUGUGACGGGAAAGCUGGAGAAAACUCUGACAGUACACGAGAAAGACGUCAUCGGCAUCACUCACCACCCACAGGAGAAUUUGAUUGCUACCUACAGCGAGGACGGCCUUCUGAGGCUUUGGAAGCCUUAAGACCAUCACGGGGAACCAAGAGAAAUGUACACAGGACAUUUAAAUGUACACUCUGACUACAAAAUCCAGAUAUUAGAACGUUUGGAUUCUCUUAAAGUGAAUUAAAGGUGCAUCCUUAAUGCAUCCUUUAUAAUUAUUCACUGUAGCAGAUGAGGCUUUCCAAUCCCACAAUUUCUUGCAGCAGCACCACAUUAGGAUCUCAACACAAGCAUCUAAACUACAUUGGGAGUGUAACGGUCCACACAGCUGGCGUGGGCUCUUCACAAUCACCAUGGCGACCAGUCGAGGGGCUGUGGUCUAACAUCAGAGCAAUCUGAUUGGAUGCUUAAGAAGUGCUAUGAUCUUCAGGCAAUGACACACAUCAUAGCUUUUUUUUUUUUUUUUACAUCCAAAAUGAGUGCGAUACAAUAAAUAAGAAAGAAGAAGAAACUAUUUUUUGGUAAAAAAAUAAAUAAAUAAAUAAGUGGAACAAUACGAAAAAACAAAACAUAGUCUUCAUACAAUAAAAUCACUGUUUUUCAUUGGAUUUUUUUGCUGUUAGUAUAAACAAGCAAUAUUAAAUUAUUAAUAAUUAAUAAAUAACAGGUCUUUUACAAGCCAAAUUUUUUUUCUGUAGGAUGAGAAAAGGGAAAUGAGGCAAAGGCCUUCUGUUUUUUUACAAACAGUAUCAUUUAUUAAUGUGCAUUUAGAGAUGCUCGAUAUUGGCAGUAGCUCUAAUGCCGUUUAUGAACACAUAUGUUAUAGUUCUUUUACUAUGAUGCCACUAGACGCAUUUCACAAAGAAACACAGUUUGUGCACUUGGAAAGAUGGACGUUUCUAUGUGGCACCUGAUCAAAGUAAAGUGCAAAGCAUGAAACUCUGAUGCAAUCUAAUACGCGCAUACAAUCAGUGAAAUUAUAAACUUCCAGGCCGCGGACAUACUGAGUUAGCAAGCUUGUCGCUGUGUGGAACACGACAUCAGCACUUGCAAGCCGAUGUCAUUAUGGGCAGAAUAACCGAUACCGACCGAUUUGAACCAAUAUUUAAUAUUUAUGCCAAUAUCGGCAGAUAUUAUCGGACAUCCCUAGUUGUAUUGCGUAUGAAAUGUCCAUAUUGUACUGUAUGUACUCCUGCCGUUUCAAUGGCACCACCACUUUGUCAUCUGUAUUGUAUAGAAAAUGCAUGAUGGUGAACUUUCGUGACAAAUAAUAGAAAUUGCCUCGUUUGGACAUAAAGAAAAACCUUUUUUGGCUUCUAAUGCACUUUUUUAACUGUUAAUUUUGUAUGGGUUUAUUUAGUCCUUACCGUGUCUGCAUGCUACCUCGGUGCUAAAUAUGAUUCCCAAAGGUAUUUUAGCAUUUGCAUGACAACAACAGAUUGAUCUCAGUGAAAUUCCAGUGUUGUAUGAAAAUAUACCCAACAUGACGCACAUUUCUAUUCUGUCUCACUGUUGCAACUCUUAUUUGAAAUAAGUGUGUAGCAUUGCUUGCCAGAAAUGGUUAUUAGUAAAAUUAUAGAAAAAA